UCCGUGAAAAUGGUCAGAUCCACAGGAUCCGCCUCUCUGGCUGCAAUGCGCGCUCCCGACACAGGGGGACAGAUUUUCACAGGGGGCACAAUUUCGCACAAGACCUCUUCUGCUGGAGAGACCCAGACGGAGGAACUACGGGCAGACCCAUUUUUAUUGCUUUAACUCAGAUUUGAUCCAGAUUCCUUUUUCUUAUUUUAGUUUUGCCUUCUGCAGAACAUGGAUUCAACCUCUGCUAAAGUCAAAGACCUGAGAAUCGUCCUCCUGGGAAAAACCGGAUCUGGUAAAAGUGCAACAGGGAAUACCAUCCUGGGAAGGGACGCUUUUAUUACAGAGAUGUCUGGUUCCUCUGUGACGAAGGGUUGCCAGAAAGAAACCGUCCACCUGGACGACCGAACAGUGACUAUCAUUGACACUCCUGGGGUAUUUGACACAUCAAUUUCUGAUACAAAGCUGCAAGGUGAAGUAGAGGACUGUAUCAGUCUGUCUCUCCCUGGACCACAUAUAUUCCUGCUUGUUGUCCGUGUCGAUGUACGUUUCACAAAGGAAGAAAAGAAUGCCAUCAGCUGGAUCACAGACAACUUCGGCGAGGAAGUCUCCAAGUUCACGGUUGUUGUUUUCACCAGGGGGGAUCAGCUCCAAGACACUAUUGAGAACUAUUUGCACAAAAGCCCUGAUCUGAGGAAGCUGACCAGUGACUGUAAAGCUGGAUAUGUUGUGUUUGACAACACAAGGCGAGAAAAUCGCACUCAGGUGGCUGAUUUGUUUGAGAUUAUAGAUAAGACAGUACAACUAAAUGGAGGGCAUUAUACCAAAGACCUUUUCAUAAAGGCCCAGAAUAAAUUAUGGUGGCGCCAGAAGGGCAGUGAUGCGUAUGCUCUAGGUGAACGUUUAUUGUGGUAUGGAGCAGGUGCAGCAGCAGUCCUUGGUUUUAGGCUUAGAAGGCUGUAGCUCAGUUUAUGCUAAAAAUGUUGGCACUUAAUAAUGGAGGUGCAGUGAUUAUGUAGAAUAUUGAUUGGUGGAUUGAAUUUAAGACAGACUAUAGCUAAGGUAAUUAAGAAAAAUCACUGAAAUGUAGCUCAUAGCGAAAAUUCAACCUGGAAGACUCCAUCCCCUCCGUUCGUCCAUCGGCGUCAUGCUCAUCUCCGACCUCAG